CGGGGCCACCCUGGCUCAUGUCUCGCCUUUCCAGGGAUGAACGCCGCCGUCCGCGCCGUCACCCGCAUGGGGAUAUACGUGGGAGCCAAGGUCUUCCUCAUCUAUGAGGGCUAUGAGGGGCUAGUGGAGGGGGGAGACAACAUCAAGCAAGCCAACUGGCUCAGUGUCUCCAACAUCAUCCAGCUGGGCGGGACGGUGAUCGGCAGCGCCCGCUGCAAAGCCUUCACCACCCGGGCAGGCCGGCUGCGGGCUGCCCGAAACCUGGUGGAGCACGGCAUCACCAACCUCUGUGUCAUCGGCGGGGAUGGCAGCCUGACAGGCGCUGACAUCUUCCGUUCCGAGUGGGGCGGGCUGCUGGAGGAGCUGGUCCAGGACGGGCAGAUCAGCGAGGAGGUGGCACGGGAGAACUGCCGCCUGAACAUUGUGGGGCUGGUGGGCUCCAUCGACAACGACUUCUGCGGCACCGACAUGACCAUCGGCACCGACUCAGCGCUGCACCGCAUCAUGGAGGUGAUUGACGCCAUCACCACCACGGCACAGAGCCACCAGCGGACCUUUGUGCUGGAGGUGAUGGGCCGCCACUGUGGGUACCUGGCGCUGGUGUCUGGCUUGGCCUCAGGUGCCGACUGGCUCUUCAUCCCCGAAUCCCCUCCAGAAGACGGCUGGGAGGACCUCAUGUGUGAGCGGCUCGGGGAGACGCGCAGCAGAGGGUCACGGCUCAACAUCAUCAUCAUCGCCGAGGGUGCCAUCGACCGCAGCGGCAAACCCAUCUCCUCCAACUACGUGAAGGAUCUGGUGGUGCAACGCUUGGGCUUUGACACGCGGGUCACCGUCCUUGGCCAUGUGCAGCGUGGAGGGACCCCGUCAGCCUUCGACCGUGUGCUGAGCAGCAAGAUGGGGAUGGAGGCCGUGAUGGCGCUGCUGGAGGCGACGCCGGACACCCCUGCCUGUGUGGUGAGCCUCUCGGGGAACCAGUCGGUGCGGCUGCCGCUCAUGGAGUGCGUCCAGGUGACAAAGGAUGUGCAGAAGGCUAUGGAUGAGAAGAGGUUUGAGGAGGCCAUCCAGCUCCGCGGGAGGAGCUUUGAGAACAACUGGAACAUCUACAAACUGUUGGCGCACCAGAAGCCGGCGCAGGAGAAGAGCCCCUUCAGCCUCGCCAUCCUGAACGUGGGUGCCCCCGCCGCCGGCAUGAACGCUGCUGUCAGGUCGGCGGUGCGGAUCGGCAUCUGCCAGGGACACACCGUCUACGUGGUGAGCGAUGGCUUUGAGGGCUUGUCCAAGGGGCAGAUCCGCGAGGUGGGCUGGCAUGACGUGGCAGGCUGGCUGGGACGCGGUGGGUCCAUGCUGGGCACCAAGCGGACGCUGCCCAAGACCUGCAUGGAAAAGAUUGUGGAGAACGUGCGGAAAUUCAACAUCCAGGGGCUGCUGGUCAUCGGGGGGUUCGAGGCGUAUGAGGGGGUGUUGCAGCUGGUGGAGGCACGUGGGCAGUACGAGGAGCUCUGCAUCAUCAUGUGCGUCAUCCCCGCCACCAUCAGCAACAACGUGCCUGGGACCGACUUCAGCCUGGGCUCGGACACAGCCGUCAACGCAGCCAUGGAGAGUUGUGACCGCAUCAAGCAGUCGGCCUCAGGCACCAAGCGCCGCGUCUUCAUCGUGGAGACGAUGGGGGGCUACUGUGGCUACCUGUCAACCGUCACUGGCAUCGCAGUGGGCGCUGAUGCCGCCUACGUCUACGAAGAUCCCUUCACCAUCCACGACCUGAAGGCCAACGUGGAGCACUUGACCGACAAAAUGAAGACUGAUAUCCAGAGAGGGCUGGUGCUGCGCAAUGAGAAGUGCCACGAGCACUACACCACUGAGUUCCUCUACAACCUCUACUCCUCUGAGGGCAAAGGCAUCUUUGACUGCAGGAUUAACGUCUUGGGCCACCUCCAGCAGGGGGGAGCCCCAACCCCCUUUGAUCGCAACUACGGGACCAAGCUGGGAGUGAAGGCGGUGCUGUGGAUGUCAGAGAAGCUGCAGGAGGUCUAUCGCAAGGGGCGCGUGUUUGCCAAUUCGGGCGACUCUGCCUGCGUGAUUGGGCUCAGGAAGAAGGUGGUGGCCUUCAGCCCUGUGACAGAGCUCAAGAAAGUCACUGAUUUUGAGCACAGGCUGCCCCAGGAGCAGUGGUGGCUGAACCUGCGGCUGAUGCUGAAGAUGCUCGCCAACUACCAGAUCAGCCUGACCGAGUACAUCUCGGGGAAGAUGGAGCACGUCACCCGCCGCACGCUCAGCAUCGAGAAGGGCUUCUAGUCCCGCCAGCCCGAGCCGUAGCCCCCCUCCACCGCGUCCUCUUCCUC